GUCCACCUCGCUGCGCCGCUCUGCAGGACGAUACAGACGGAGGUCGCUCGGUGUUGAAGUCAUGAACUUCAACAACUUCUGUUAAGGUGUGUGUAUGUGCCUGCAGUGCACCUUCAGCCAUGCCUGUGUCAUCUCAGCUGCUCAGGGGUUUGCCCCGUGCUCAGGUCUUAGCCUCCAGUCUGUUACCAUGCCAACAACACCAUGCCCAGUUAGGACCUCACCGACCUGCUUCAAGAUGGCCCCCUCGUAUAUGGCAGAGCCACCAGCAAUCACGAAGUUACCAGACAACCACAGUGCUCCGCAGCUACAUCCUCUCACCCCCACAGGUCAACUCUAUUCUGAAAGCCAACGAGUACAGCUUCAAGGUGCCAGAGUUUGAUGGGAAGAAUGUGUCAUCGGUGAUGGGUUUUGAGAGUAAUCAACUGCCGGCCAACGCUCCGAUAGAAGACCGCCGAAGUGCGGCCACGUGCCUGCAGACGCGAGGAAUGCUGCUGGGUGUGUUUGAUGGCCAUGCUGGCUGUGCCUGUGCACAGGCGCUCAGUGAGAGGUUGUUUUACUACAUAGCAGUGUCUCUGCUGCCCCACAACACACUGUGUGAGCUGGAGGCAGCGGUGGAGAACGGCAGGGCCCUCAGUCCCAUCCUGCAGUGGCACAAACACCCCAACGAUUACUUCAGCAGGGAGGCUCAGACGCUCUACUUCAACAGCCUCAGGACCUACUGGCAGGAGCUGAUAGAUCUCACCAGCCCGGGGGAAAUUCCAGACACCCGCGAGGCGUUGCUGAAUGCCUUCAAGAGGCUGGACAAUGACAUUUCUCUGGAGGCUCAGGUUGGAGACCCGAAUGCUUUCCUGCAUUACUGGGUCCUGAGAGUGGCCUUUUCUGGAGCUACAGCCUGCGUGGCUCACGUCGAUGGAUCGGACCUGUUUAUCGCCAAUUCAGGAGACGCUCGGGCGGUGUUGGGUGUGCAGGAGGAGGAUGGUUCAUUCAGCGCUCACACACUCUCUAAUGACCACAGCGCCCAGAACGAGGAGGAGAUGGCUCGGAUACGAGGUGAACACCCUCCAUCAGAGAGGAAGACAGUUAUACGACAGGACCGUUUGCUCGGCCUCCUCAUGCCGUUACGUGCAUUUGGGGAUGUGAAGUUCAAGUGGAGUAUUGAACUGCAGAAGGGUGUGAUAGAGUCUGGACCUGAUCAGCUCCAUGAAAACGAGCACACCAAGUUCAUCCCUCCAAACUACCACACGCCCCCCUACCUGACCGCCGAGCCUGAGAUCACGUACCACAAGCUGCGGCCACAGGAUCGCUUCAUGGUGAUUGCCUCUGAUGGCCUCUGGGAGACCCUCCACAGACAGGAAGUGGUUCGUAUUGUCGGGGAGUAUUUAACAGGGGUGAACCAGCGUCAGCCCCUCAAAGUCGGAGGCUACAAGGUCACCCUGGGACAGAUGCAGGGGCUGCUCGAAGAGAGGAAGGCUCGCGUGUCUUCGGCUUUCGAGGAUCAGAACUCAGCGACCCACCUGAUUCGUCACGCGGUGGGAAACAAUGAAUUUGGCACGGUUGACCACGAGAGGUUGUCGAAAAUGCUGUCGCUGCCUGAGGAGCUGGCUCGCAUGUAUCGCGAUGACAUCACCAUUAUCAUCUCUCAGUUCAACCCUCAUGUGAUUGGAGCACAGAGGCCAGAAGGGCAGUCCUGAGUUUUACAAAAGCCCUUCACUGUGGAUACACACUUGUAUAAUUGUGUAUAUCUACACAAAGGCACACUCUGAGGACAAACAGGCCAUACUAAGAAAAUAUCUGUCCAGCAGUCGGAAGAGUUGUUUUAACUUUACUUUAAUUAUAUAAAGAAUGUGUACGUUUGUAUGCAGUGCAAGAGGAGACCCGGUUCCUCCAUGAAGGUAAAAGAUCUUCAUUGGAGUGCCAUAUUUAUAACAUGCUGUAUAUGAUGCCAAUAUCCAUUCUCCGCAUGGCUAAAAGGACACUGUUACAAACAGAUGUGCCAAAAAAAGUAAACUUUCCUGAAAGUUUGCUGAAAAGACGGCGCAGUGUUGAAAUGAUCCAAAGAGGGUGAAGGUUGGGUCAGCAGGUCGUGGUUGGCACUGACUUGCUUCUCUUCCAUGGACUCUAACUGUGCUGUUAUACACUGUUUCUCUGCUCUUCCCAGGCACAAUCAAUCUUCCUUUCUAGGCGGCAUCUGUUACGACUGGGGACUGUUGCAUCUCUAUGUUUUUACUCCUUUGUUUAUGUCAUUGUAUGGUAUAUAUUCUUAGUACUAUCCAAACAUACACCUUUACUGCAUUUACACUUCAGUCUGUGAGUAUUUAGAUCAUAAUGUUCACUCCAGCGUACUCCAAGUACUGACUUUGAGCUCAAAUGUGUUUACCCUCCAUAUUGAGUUAACAAUUGCAGACUCUAAACUAAAUUAAAUAACUAAAUUAAAGUUGAGAGAUAACACUGAUGGUGGCCCCAAGAUACAUUUCAGGAGUUGCGAAAUUAAGAUAGGGAAGAGAGAAAAAUGUAACACAAAAUGCAUCUAUUUAAAUACAAACUGGAUACCUCUAAAAACCUGAAACUAUUUUAAUAAUUAAAUGAACUUUUUUUCAUUUUAAAUAUGUCACAAGCCUAAAAAGGCUGGCAACCACUGAGCUAGUGAUUUGUUUUAAUUUCUAAUCUAAUAUGGUGGAGCAAUAUUUACAGACUGCAGAGUUUAACAGGUCAUGCACUGUGCACCACUACAGGUAGACAGUAGAAGUAACAAUUAAGUUAAUUACUCUCCACUUACAGAAAACAGCACCACUUUGGUUAGUGACAGGGGAAGAUGUAAAGUCAGUAUGUCUGUUAGUGAACCUCAAAGAAGUUUGUAGUUUCUUUUCAUUGUGGGAAGUUCAUCUUGCAUUGUUUUUGUCUGAUAGGUCAUUUGCAGUUUGGAUUGGGUUGAUGUUACUCAUGACCGCAAAAGAAAAUGCAUAAACCCUCUCCUGAUACUCUCCAGUUGAACACUAAUGGAUGUGGUCAAGUGUAAAACCCAAAUACAUAAGCAGAAUGUACAUUUUUUAAAAGCAGUUUGAUUAUUAAAGAUUAUUUAUACAGUUCUUGCAGUAUGUUACACAACUUAUCUACAGUUGUAUGUAUAAAUUGUAACUUAUGUGGGUUACGUUUUGUAUAUGGAACAGUUUAAUAAAACACUGAAUACACACCA